CUUCCGUGCUCUCUGCUCCCUGCUCCGCACCGUGCCGCCAGCCCGCCGCGGCUCACCGCUCUUCCAGCUCCAGCUGCGCUGUCCCGGCUUGACUUUGGCUUAUCAGCCAGUUCAAGGAAAUCCGCUCACUGGGACCCGCGAGCCGCUGCCUGCCAGCACGGGGAAAUGACAGCCGCCACAGUUCUUCUGCUCCUGAGCCUCCUGAGGGUGGCGGCGCCCGGAGGCGCCUGGUGCCCGACCUGCGGCCUGGCAGCCCUGGCCCCCGGCGUGCAGCGGGAUGCCCUCAUCGCCCUGGCAAAGCAGAACAUCCUUUCCAAGCUCCGCUUGCAGGAGAGGCCCAGCAUUGCUCAGCCUAUGUCCCGGGGGGCCCUGCUGACAGCGCUGCGCAGAAUACGCGCCCGGCGCCCGGAGCACGCCACCCCCCCGGGAAUGCCCCCCGGCACCGGCGCCCAGCAGUACGAGAUCCUGAGCUUUGCCGAGUCAGGAUCCUCCACUCCCGGCAGAAUUCGCCUGCAUUUCCGCUUUGCCCAGGAGCUGGGCAGGAACAUCGAGAUACUGCAAGCCAGCUUGUACCUCUUCUGGGCAUCCCCCGGCCCUGGGACGCACCAGGUCACUGUGAAACUAUUGCAGCCUGACCUGGCUGGGCCAAACAUGACCAUGGUCAGCAAGACAUGGCUGGAGGUGCAGAGGGCUGGCUGGGCCACACUGGAUGUGGGACAGGCUGUCCAGAGCCUUUUCAGCGAAGGGAGACAGAGGAUCACUGUGGAGCUGGAGAUGGCAGAGAAUUCAAGGUCUCCCCUCUUGGCUGGCCAGAGUGAUUCCCACUGGCCAUUUGUGGCAGCCCAGGCCAGGGCCAGGACACCCCAUCGGGUCCAGCGGCGUGGCAUUGACUGUAGCGGAGACUCACGGAUGUGCUGCCGCAAGGAAUUCUUUGUGGACUUCAAGGAGAUCGGCUGGGAGGACUGGAUCAUCCAGCCGGAGGGAUAUCACAUGAACUACUGCGCUGGGCUCUGCCCCCUCCAUAUGGCUGGUAUCCCCGGCCUUGCUGCCUCCUUCCAUACGGCUGUCCUCAACCUCAUCAAAGCCAACAACGCCGAUGCUGCCGUGGACUCCUGCUGUGUGCCCACACAACGCCGUCCCCUGUCCCUGCUCUACUAUGACAGGGACAGCAACAUUGUCAAGACUGACAUCCCCGACAUGAUCGUCGAUGCCUGUGGCUGUACCUAACCUGCCUGAGGAGG